AUGGAGGGGGACCCAGAUUCCUUGGGGCAGGAGGUCAGCAAGCCCUGCCCAAGCCCCAGCCUCAGCUCCAGCUCCUUCCGGGGAGACCUUGAGAGCUCUGUGGAGUCCAGGAGCAACCCACCCUAUGGCACCACGAUCAAAGUGAUUCCCUACCGGCCAGGUGAGGAGGUAGAAGAAGAGCAGGAGGGUGAAGACCUGAUGCUGCUGGAGAAAGAAGUCCUCACAGACAUCAUACUGCACCUCCAGGGCCAAGGAGACAAGGAGCAUGGAGAGCACUUCCUUCUCGGCAUCCCCACACUCUGCAGAGCCACCAAGCAGAGGGGAGAGGACACCCUGGAGCCGGAGACCUGCAAAGUGGUCCUGCUACAGAAGAUCAUGGGCCUGAUGGAGACAGUGACACAGGAUGAAGAGCCAAACAGGAUCCUGUGCUACAGCAUAGCUGCCAUCUGCAACCUCAGCGAGCUGAAGCCAGCCCUGGAGCCAGCCAUGGAGUCGUGCCUGCUGCAGACCACCCUGAAGAUCUGUCUGACGUCCCCAAGACACAACAGCCUUUAUGUCAGGACCAAACAGCAGAAGCACAUGGAGGACCUGGAGGCCAUACUGAGGAGCCUGUUGGCCACCGCACCCAGCUUGGACAGGCUGCAGUUCCUUUGGGAGCACCUGACAUCCUGGCUGCAGUCUCCUGACGCCUUAGACAGGGUGAAGGCCAUGAGAAGCAGCAGAGCCCUUUUCCGCUUUGCUGUUUCCCUCCUCCCGCAGUUUGAGGACUCGCCCAGCAUGCCCCAGAUGGGUGACACCGCGGCCCAGCUGUGUCUGUCCCUCAGCCACCCAACAGCAGACAUCAGCUGCCAGGCCAGGGAGAGCAUCUACCUGCUCGCCCAAAUCCUGCUGCACCACAAGGGUAAGAAAGCCCGGCCAGGGUGCAAGACCCCUAUGGAAACAAUCCUUCUGUCCACACACUGA